AUGAAUCCAUUCAAGCCGAGCCUCGCGCGAUUUUCGCGAUCAACCCCUAUCGCUUCAAGUCCACGAACCUUGGGCGUUGCAACAGGCUGUAUCGCUGGGAUAGCCAGAAAUUCGAAAUAUGACGGAAUCGAGCUCAAACAACAAGAUCCGUCCCCUUUCAUUCCAGAUGAUUUUCGAAACAGGGCCUCGCUGUCAAAUCACUCUCCCUCUCACCGCCAAAUCAGCGACUCGCCAUUCACACAUCUUCUAUAUUCCAUCACUAGAUCAUUAACUCAAACUCCUACCGCUAAUCUCCCCCAACUCACAUCCAUCCUCCGUUCCUACGUUUCUAAUCCUCUCCACUGGUCCGCAUACGCCCAUGCCAACCCCUCAAAACAGUACACACGCAACCUUGUCCUCGAGGUUCCCGGGAUCUUCAACCUCCUCAUCCUCGUUUGGACUCCGGGCAAGCGGAGCGCAGUACAUGACCACGCUGACUCGCAUUGUCUGAUGAAGAUCCUGCAGGGGGAAUUGGUCGAGAGGAGAUUUGCCAUCCCCAAGUUUCCCGGGACCGAAGGAAAGUUAAAACAGACAGCUAAAGCGGAGUACGGCACGGGGAAGGUUACCUACAUGUCUGAUCAGUUGGGCCUACAUUCCAUUGCCAACCCAAGCCAAUCGAAUUAUGCUGUUUCUUUACAUCUCUAUACCCCACCUAAUGCGGCAGUUCGAGGGUGUCAUGUGUAUGAUGCCGACAAUGGUAGCGCAGAACACGUGAUGCAAGGGGCAUAUGACUCCGUUAGAGGGAUAGUACAAGAAUAA